UUUAUCUUUGCGCACCCUCAGCAGUUUCCACCUCUGAUCUCCCUGUGGCCCUUUGCUAUUUUCAAGCUAACUUGUUGGUGCUUUGCAGGAGUGUUCAGAUUCCCAGAACAGGCCUCCUGUACAUGGUUUCUCUGCAGCAGACCUAACAGGAUAAUCUGGAGACAGCCCAGAAGGCAGCUCGGACUGUGAAGGCUACCAGCAAAAGCUUUGUUAUUUGGUUCUCAACUGCACAGAAAUAGCUACAGUUCUGAGGACACGCCAUAAUUCACCACCAGGAUCUUCUAGGACAGAGUAACGGUAACAUCAUGGGCUCGGAGGGUCUCCAACUCCUUGCUUUCAUCCUGGCCUUAGCGGGGGUCUCUGGAGUGCUCACCGCCACUCUGCUGCCCAACUGGAAGGUGAGUGCAGACAGAGGCUCCAACAUCAUAACAGCCAUUGCACAGCUGCAUGGGCUGUGGAUGGACUGCACGUGGUACAGCACUGGGAUGUUCAGCUGCACUCUGAAAUACUCCAUCCUGUCGCUCCCCAUCCACGUGCAGGCUGCAAGGGCCACCAUGGUCCUGGCUUGUGUUUUCUCUGCCUUGGGAAUCUGCACUUCUAUAGUAGGAAUGAAAUGCACUCACUUAGGAGGAGACAGGCAGACCAAGAGUCAAGCUUCCUUGGCUGGAGGAGUAUGCCUCAUGUUGGCGGGGACUUCUGGCUUAAUCCCGACAGUGUGGUACACCAAGGAGAUCAUAGCCAACUUUCUAGAUCUGAGCGUUCCAGAAAGCAGCAAGCACGAGCCUGGAGGAGCGGUCUACAUCGGACUCGUUUCGGCACUGUUGCUGCUUGUCUCAGGAGUUAUUUUCUGCACUUCAUACACCAGGAAGCACCCGGCACUGAGGCUCUACCCGCACAGCACUUCUGACACCAGGAGGAUUCCGGCACCCCAGCUCUACCCUCCCAAGCAGACACGCACCUCUACCUGGCAACCAGAGACCAGCUCGGCAUACAGCCUGAAGGACUAUGUGUAACCGGCUGUGCAAGGCACAUGCAAUAUGCAGUGUGGCUCCUGGGUCUGCUGAAACUAUUUUAUACUGAAAAAAAAAAAUGACAUUUGUGCUUAACUUCCUUUACAAAGAGUACAAAGUACCUUAAAAAUUGUGAUGGAAUUUAAAAUGCCAACAAAGCACCACUGCAUCUGUCCCAAUGUCUUCCCUCAUCUUUCUUUAUUGCUUUCCUUGUUUUGUUGAAGUCUAUACUUGAAAGACGUCCUGACUGGAUUAAUAAGGCAAUUAAUUGGCAGCAUUUACUCACUUUUUAAGGUAACUCUUAGAUUUAUCUUCUAAAUUAGCUUUUCUUAAUGGCCAAAUGUAAAAAGCACCUUGCCCCGACGGGGCCCAAGAACACAGCCCACUUUUGUCCUCUGGUGGGCAAUGUCUGAGCAGCCUGCUUGUUUUACAGCCAUAGGAUAUGGAGGAGACCCCAGAAACAGAACUUAUAAGAUGCUGCAAGCCAUCUAUCCCAAGCCCCAACCUCCAUUCUGAUUUUCAUUUAAAAAUAUCAUGUGUUGUACAUGGGCUUAUAUAUAUAUAUACACACACACAUAUAUGCAAACUAAGAUUAGGCAGAACUGUAAAAUCAAAGAUGCUACUACACAUAAAGAUCAAUAUAAAAUACUGUACUUUUUAAAUACAAGCCAAGCAAUAAGAGCUUGAUUGUUACUUUGUUCUUUUUCUUCUUUUUUUUUGAGACAGAGUUUCAUUAUGUAACCCAACGUGCCUGGAAUUCACGAUCCUCCUGUCAGCUUCCUGUGUGCUGCAGUUUACAAGCCUAAACUACCAAGCUCAGCUGAGUCACUUUCAAGUUGUGUUUUUUCCCCUUAAACUUUAAGUUAACAAAAGCAUGACUAUUCUUAAAUAAAUGAACAGCUUCAGUUAAUAGAAAUGAAAUUCUUAAAGCAUAAAGAAUCAUUUAAAAUGAUUAUACGUAAUUCAAAUAUUUUAACAAAAAUCGGACUUUCUAUGGUUGUAAAAGAAACACUGUAGUUUUCUGAUUUGUUUACUUAUGCUUAAUAAUGGCUCAUAAUGCAGUUGCUAAAGGAAGAAAAGACUAUACAUUAAUAAAUCAGGAAGGGGAAAAUGUGAAUGAUUUUCAUUUGUCAUAAAGAAGAGACUAAAAUAUCUGAUCUCUAUUUUACUUGGGAGACCAUCAUUCUCCUCUGCGACAGCAGGCUUUUAACUGGACAGCGAAAACGAGAAGGCAUUACUUCACACGAGAACGGAGGGGCAUCAUUUCACCACAAGUUUUAAUGGCUAUUUAUUAAUGUAUACGUUCCUUUUAGGUAGUCAAAUAUUUCCUAAAGAAACAAAAUAUUAAAAAGAAUUGUAAUGAAGAGUAUAUAGCUCUGAACCCCAUAUGGUUUGCUCAUUUUACUUAACGUACAUCAGUGUUUAGACAGUCUAUGUGGCCCGGCAACCUGUGUUAAACAAUCACUGCAGGGCAGGCCCUUCGCUCUAACUCUACCCUGCUGUUUUCAAGGCUCAGGUGAGCUCAGUCUGCAGGGCAAAUGUGGCAAGGCCUGGAGACACUGGGUUGUCACAACUGAGGAACUACUACUGGAAUCAAGUGGGAAGAGGCCAGGAUGCUGCCGGCCAUGCACAGGACAAACCCUGCAACAAAGGACGAUCUGGCCCCAAAAUGUAGGCAGAUGUGAGGUCGACAAGUUCUGGACUAGUAAAAUAUUCACUUUUCUUACAUUAAAAAUUUACAAAUAGAAAAGCCAAAACACCAAAAAAGCUCUUUUACUUACUGAACAUCUAUGAAUGCAUACAUGUGCACAUAUACAUACACAGAUGCACACACAUAUACAGCUGUAAUUUGGCUAUGAUUUGCCCUGAAGUUCUAUGUACUGGAACCUUGGUCCUGGCUGGCGAUGCUGACAUGGUGGAACCUUUGAGCACCUUAAUGAAUAGAUCAAUGCGGGUCUCACAGGAGUGAGUUCUCUGAGAGUCAGCUAUUAUAAAAUGAGGCCCCCCCCAUGCUUAGCCUCUCAGGAGGCCAUUUUUUUUUCCCUUCAGCUUUUCUGCAAUAUUAUGGUACAGGGAAGGAAACUAUGCCAGGAUGCCACUUUUUAGC